AUGGACACACUGCGGAAGCAGAGCGACACUCUGCGCGUGUGCAACGUGCUGAGGAGCGCGGAAGCCGGCGCGUUCCAGCUGGCCGACCGGUACGUCGAGCUGACGAUGACCUCCACCGUCCGCGACCGGAGACUGGUGGAGCACGAGCUGCUGGCGAGGGGCCGGGACCACGAGGAGCGGAGGGAGGAGCAUCUCCGGACGGAGCUGGAGAAAAUCCGGAUCGAUCAGCUGUUCCAGAGCAGCUUUUCCCGGAGUAAAUCCAAACCCGGGAGUUCGGCGGCAGUGGCCGGUGUGCCCGGGAUCGGGAAGACGACCAUGGUGCAAAAGAUCGUUCAUGACUGGGCCAUGGGGAAAAUAUACCAACAGUUUCAGUUUGUCUUCAGAUUCAGGUUCCGAGAUUUAAACACGGUUAAUUGCAUCAUCAACCUGUGGAACCUAAUACUCAUUUUCUAUCCCUACUUGAGGAAUGUUCUGGGGGAGCUGUGGAAAGACCCGGAGAAGCUGUUGUUUAUAUUUGAUGGUCUGGAUGAAUUUAAGGACAAAAUCGAUUUUGCCGACGGUCGGAGAGACACAGAAGCUCAGCGCAACUGCACAGAUCCCGAAUUCCGGUGCAAGGUGUCGGACAUUGUGUACAGUUUAAUCCAGCGCAAGCUGCUCCCGGGGUGUUCGGUGCUGGUGACCACCCGCCCCACCGCGUUACACUUGCUGGAAAAGGCGGACGUCGGGGUCUGGGCUGAAAUCCUGGGAUUUGAUGGUGAGGAGCGGGAGAAAUACUUCCACAGAUGUUUUGAAGAUCAGACGGUGGCGGCUGCUGUUUUCAAACACGUGCGUGAGAACGAGAUCCUGUACACCCUGAGCUACAACCCCUCCUACUGCAGUAUCCUCGCUCAGGCACUGGGCCCCUUCUUCACACAAAGGGGCAGGGACUUGCGUCGAGUUCCCAGGACCAUCACGCAAGUAUAUUCCUUCUACAUCAGCAACAUCCUGAAAAACCACAGCCGUAAGAUUGAGAACCCCCGCGAUGUGUUACUCAGGGUUGGUCAGAUGGCCUUCAGAGGAGUGCUCGAGCAGAAGAUUGUGUUUACAGAUGGGGAUUUGAUCAGCUACGACCUGCGGAAUUCCCAGUUCCUGUCCGGGUUCCUGGGGGAGCUCUUGGAGAGACAGGAUUCCGCUCACUGCGUCGUGUACACAUUCCCGCACCUCACCGUCCAGGAGUUUGUCGCCGCGCUCGGACAAUUCCUGACUCCGGGUCCUGGAGAUGCACUGAAACACCUCGCUGAAGCCGACGAAGCGACAGACGGCCGAUUCGAGAUAUUUCUCCGUUUUGUGGCCGGCUUCACCUUCCCGGACUCGGCGGAACCCCUGGAGGAGAUUGUGGGCCCACUCCCUCAGCAGACAACGUGCCAGGUGACUGGCUGGGUGAAAGAGAAGGCUGCGCGACAGAUCGAAAAGGCGAAGGGCGACAGCGGCAACAGGGGCCUCCUGAACGCAAUGCACUACCUGUUCGAGUCUCAGAACCGUGAACUGGUUCAGGCCACAAUGGGAUCCGUGGUCAAACUUUCAUUUAGUUACCUACGGCUGUCUCCGAACGACUGCGCCGUCCUGUCUCACAUCAUCACGUUCUGCGGCGUCAUAAAGAGCCUCAACCUGCAGAAUUGCCACAUUCUGUGCGAAGGAUUCCAGCAGCUGGGGCCAGGGUUACAGAAAUGCCAGGAGCUAAGGCUGGCGGAGCGUCCGCUGGAAAAUUCGCAGAUGAAGCAGCUCAGCGCGGCCCUGAAGAAGCCGGGUUGCAAAAUGCAGAAAAUGCGGCUGGAUAGCAACAGUUUGACGGCGUCCUCCUCCGAGGACCUGGUCACCGUCGUCAGCACCAUCCGCUCACUGACCGAGCUGGAGCUGGGUUACAAUAAGCUGGGAGACGCCGGGGUGAGGAGGCUUCUGAGAGCGACCCUCAGUCACCCGAAAUGCAAAAUACAGAAACUGGGGAAUCUAUCAACCUCUGCGUUAAACAUAACCAAGGACUUGGCCUGCACCGCCAUCUGCGGCCAGGAGCCCCACAGAACCAUCACGCUAUGGCUCCUCGCUGCUCUUCUGAGGGGACCUGCUUGGUGUUCCGAGGCUGUGCGCUCUGGUCCUGGACGCGCUCGCUAUAGGAGACAUUCUCCCCACGCCCGCUCUGUCUCGGCCUUUCAGUAUUCCACAGUUUUCCAUGAGAUCCCCGCUCCUCCGUCUGAACUCCAGCGCGGGCAGGCACAGAACCUUCAGACGCACUCAGAUCCCCGCCUGACCCGCAGAGUUCCUCCGGUGUCUGUCGUCUGCUGUGCCUCUCGGUCUGGCGCGGUUCGUGUUCGCAGUAAAGGAGAGGGAGGCUCGGGAAAGCGAUGGAAAGAUAUAGAUAUCGCCUCUGCUCUCAGUACCAACCGCUCGCUGAAGACUCUGAACCUGGGAUCCAAUGAACUGAGAGAUUCGGGGAUUAAACUGGUAGCUGAGGCUCUGAGGAGGCCGAACUGCAAGAUACAGACACUGGGGCUGUGGGCUGUCGGUCUCACCGCGUCUUGCGCCGACGAUUUGGUCUCCACACUGACUACGAAUGACUCACUGACCGAGCUGGAACUGGGUUUCAAUGACCUGGGCGAUUCGGGAGUGGAACGACUGUGUUCGGCGCUGAGGAAGCCACAAUGUAGACUUCAGGAACUGGGGCUUGACAACAAUGGUCUCACGGUCUCUUGUGUCAAGGAGCUCGCCUCCGCUCUCAGAAUGAACACCUCGCUGCUGAGGCUCAAUCUCGGUUUCAACCACCUGGGGAACUCCGGGGUGAACUUACUCUGGGAAGCUCUGGACGUCCGGGAGUGCAAACUACAGGAAUUACGACUCCGGGCCGUCGGUCUCACGGACUCCUGCGCCGAAGAUCUCCUCUCCAUCUUCGACAGCAACACCUCCCUCAAGUCUCUGGACCUGAACUCGAACGCCUUCACGGAUCGAUCGAUACCCGCUCUCCGGCGCCUGAUCCUGAACCGAAAUAGCCUGGAGCACAUCCAGCUGGUGGGGAACAAGUUCACCUCGGGCGGAGAGACACAGUUGCGGUUGCUGCAAGGGAUCAGAAACAGACUGAGCGUCUUCGUCUGACCGCUGAAACUUGGGACGGUCCGCAUUCACGUCG